AUGGAGCCGACCGAAAUUAAUCUUGUGGAUGUUGAACGCAGUGCGGGUAUCCCCGAAGUCGCGAGGCGGCUUGCUGUGCUUGCUGUGGAGGAGGGGCUUACCAACAAGCUCAAGAGAACACUGACGCCCGAAGAACAUCGAUCUUUGAUGAUGAUAUCAAUGUUAUCAGAGGAGUAUCAAUCAUGGUCAGAUAUGGCCCGUGAAAACGAGUGGAUUGUCUGGCCCACGGGCGGACUGAUCGGUCCAACCUCAUCAAUUUUAGUUUCACGAACAUUGGAUAAGGAUUUAAAUGCCACGCAAAAUGAGCACCAUGCAGUGUAA